UUCUUAAAUUGAAAUCAGUUGUUGAUGUCCUCUUUAGUCACCCGCAUCCAGUAUUACAUCACCGCCAAGCAAACUUUCAAGCAUCACAAAAUAUUUGAAAAGUCCUCGUCGAGGUGAGAAAGCCAAGCAAACAAAAUCAAAAACAAAGAAAUCUACCAGAAAAGGAAAAUCUAAAAACAUUGAAAGUUAUGUUGAAGACAGCUCAAAUGUGGGCGGAAACAAAGUAGGUUCAAGUAAGACAACAGUAGGUGAAAGUGAUGCAAGUGUAAUGGAGAACACAAGUGUGGCAACAACAUGUGGACAAGAACAACAUUUAGAACAGCCAGGUGAAACGCUUAAGAAAGGUGCAUCAAGUAGUCCUUGUGAAACUGGCGACAGGGAUGACCAAAGUUCCCCUGGUCCAGCAGUAAAAGACAGUGUCAUUCGUAGCUCCCUUGAUCCAGCAGAGGACAGGGACGUUUCUAGUACCUCUGGCCAAGCAAGGGGUGAGGACAGUGGGAAAAGGAGAAUGGUUCAGACAAAUCUAUCAAUGAGCAAGGAUGGUAUUCAAGUUCUAUCCAGUCCAGAACAGAAAAGUGAAAAGAAGAAAGAGAAGAAAGGGAAGAAAGCAAGGUAAGCAGGAAAAUGUGAAACUUUCUAAUUUUUAAGCAAGCAUGAGUGUUGGUAGUCAUGCAUUGUUAGAAGGACAUUCUAACCCAUUGAGUGGCAGCACUCUCCACUUGACGAGUAAAAUCGUCUGGUGUUAAGGUCCAGACACACCGGAUGCGAUUCGACAACGCGACGCGAUUUUUACUCACCGAUAACUUUGAUUCUAAUUUAAAUUUUCCAAAUAUUUAGAAGUUAUUUGGAGUUAUUUGGAACAUUUGGAGUUAUUUGAUCUACAUAUCAUUCAAAAUUUGCUCUCAUUGGCUGUUUUAUUAACUUUCAAAAACUAAAAAAUCUCGUCGCGUUGUCGAAUCGCGUGCGGUGUGUCUGGACCUUUAGACAGAGUAAAAUACUAAAGUAGGGUGCAUCGGGGUGCAUUGCCACUUAAAGGGUUAAGUUCUAGAUUAACAAAAUAAAGGUUUGAUGUGUUCCAACUAUGUUUUAACUUAAAUAAAAUACAUGAUAGUGUUGGGAAAGCAUUAAGAACAGCUAACCAAGUUCGUGUGACUGCCAACUCUCAACCUCGUUCCAUACAUGACUUGUUGACCUUCGAAGUCCAGGUGUUAGGGACUGGUCAUAAAGUAACUGCUAGGGUGGGCUGGAGGUAAAUCACAAAUUUUUCCAAUAAGUUUGGUGACACACCUUAGGAUGUAGAUAAAAAUUUCAAAGCCCAUCUAAUCUUACAAAAACUUUUUCAUGACCCACCCAAUCUAAAUUGGGAAAAUUUUAUAAUAAGAAAAACUUGCAGGUAUGAACAUUGUAAAUAUACACCGGCACUGUAUUGACAUACAUAAUUGCACCAAGAUUGACCAACACAUUCAUCACAAAUUACGAUACUGAGCUGUUCUCCAUUUGGUUGUAUUUGCUGUGCGAUCACUUCUUGUUGUUGUAAGUACUGGCUUCAAUAGCAUCAUUCGCAUUUGAUAAUUUGGAUAGUUUUGUUUACUUUUAUUAUUAAUGUCUUUAUAUAAUAUAUAAUUAACAUGGGUUUUUGUUUGGUGGCCCAACCGUGGACAUACAAAAAAAUUGACGGCCCAUCGAAACUGCCCAAAGAUCUUCCAUGGCCCAUCCCAAAUCACUCCAGCCCACCCUAGCAGUUACUUUAUGACCGGUCCCUUACUAGCAUUUUUAUGUUCAAAUGUAGUUGUGUGUGAUAGUGAUGUUUACAUCAUUUAAAUUUCAGUUCAAAAAAGAAGGAUGAGUCAGGAAAGAAACAAACAAUGAUUACAAGUAUUUUCCCUCGGAGGAAAAGCAGUAGAAAGUCCAAAUCUCAGCAAGAGGUAAGUAGUCAAAAUUUAGAUCAGAAAAUUCCAAAUAUCACAAUUUCACUUGAAUACAUCGCACAGCAAAUGAAGUGAAUGUCGCUAUCACAAAUGAAAGCAAUUUAUGCAAAUGAAUGCUAACAAAGGUGAACAGAAAUAUUUUCUUAAUUUUGUAGAAAGAUGAGCAGGCAAGAAUUACCAAGGCCAUUUUAUCCCAAACGUUUGAAGGUCUAAAGGUAAGACAAACUUUAUUGUUAUAUAGUUGGUGUCAAAGUUCAAUUUUUCUGUUUGCUGAUUGGUCAAAACCGUAUCACGUGCCGGUCCACAAAACGUCAUGUUCGGCAACCGGUCCACAGUGAAACAUUUAUUGACCGGUCAACAAUAAAAUGGGUACAAUACGCAUGCGCGUCAACCAUGAAGUUCCAAGUUCAUUUUUUUAAACUUACUAAACAUUAAAUCUGCUGUGUUGGUGUAAUGUACUCAGGUGAAUAAGAUGUUUGUGUGAUGUUACUCUGAGUGUAUAUCCACACCGGGCAUGCUUGAAAAAUAUGCCUGGCCACGGUGGGAUUCGAACCUACGACCUUUGGAAUACUAGCCCAAUGCUCUGCCAACUGAGCUACGCGGUCAGGACGGCUAGUAUUCUAGUAUGGGCUAGUAUUCCAAAGGUCGUAGGUUCGAAUCCCGCCGUGGUCAGGCAUUUUUCAAGCCUGCCCGGUGUGGAUAUACACUCAGAGUAACAUUACUAAACAUUUACGGCGUUCCAUUUAUCCAGUUUUGGUUUCAAAUUAAGUUCACUCCAAUAACCAGUGAAUUAUGGCUUUGACACUGUAUAUAUACUAUAUAACAAAACACUUAUUUACUGAGACCUCGGGAAAGCAGUGUGUUUUGUGGCCCCUCGACUGCCGUUGUUGCCCUUGGCUUCGCCUCGGGAACAGGGCUCGAAUUUUAUCGCGGCAAUCGCGGCAAUUGCCGUAGAGGGAGAACAAAAUGCCGUGGAUCAUUGUGGGAAUGACGGCAAUUUUUUGCCGUAUGGUGCAUUUUUUAUACUAUUCACUGUGCAUUACUAUUUUGAUACUUGAAUUCAGAUGUUGAUCAAAUCAUGCGUAAAUCACUAUUUUAGUCUCAGUUUUCUUCGAAAAAAAAAACAACUAAAGAAAUACGUAGACAUGUUUCUAGCUUGUCAAAAAUCCAAAGUAACAAUAAAUUUAAAGUUUUAUUACAGUAAUUUGAAAAAUGCCAUGGAAACUGUCAAAAUUGCCGUAGACAGCUGUUACGUUCUACGGCAAUUUUUAACGCCAUUGCCGUCGAUUGAUUUCAGGGAAAUUCAAGGCCUGCUCGGGAAACAAUGGCGGUCUCGGGUCCACAAAACACACUGUUUCCCUCGGUCUCAGUAAAUAAGUGAUAAAUAUUUAACAGAAAAUUACAAGUUCUCGUUUAACAAUCAUGUUUUACAAAACAGGUGCGUACAAUAGAAGGCAAAGGCCGUGGUGUUUUUGCAAGCCGUGAUUUUCAGCGAAAUGAGUUUGUGUGUGAAUAUUCUGGAGAGUUGAUCAGUUAUGACGAGGCGAAGAAGAGGGAGACACAGUAUGGUGAAGACACAAAUAUAGGAUGUUAUAUGUACUAUUUGCGAUGUAAUAACAAAAGAUAUUGGUGAGUUGAUUCGUAUGUAACAGAAUAUUUAGGUUUGGUGGAUAAUCCAAGUGAGCAUAUAUAUAUAGAGGAAUAAGAGGAAUGGAUAUUACACGGCGGCGCGAAGAUAUGACUUUUAUCUUCGAGUGGUGAAAACAAUAUUUUACGAACGAGCGCAGCGAGUAAAAUACGUUUUUAACACGAGAAGAUAAAAGUCAUCUUCGCGCCGCCGUGUACUGUUCUGUUUAUUAUUAUAUGGCUUUUCAAAAUUCUCUAUUCUGAUUGGUUGACAAGCAGUCCGUAAAAACCCAUAUCCGGACCGUGGUCCGUAUUUUCCGUAUCUGGACCGGUGUCCCGGAUGUUUAUCUGGCGGGAAAAUUUUGCUUUGCAAACAGAAAAAAUGUUUGCUUUUUAAUUUUCCAAUUGUGCUUUAGAGAAUUAAUUAUUUAUUAUUCUUUAUUAAAUUUUUUUAGCGUGCAUGCCUACCGCAUAUUGUUACCCAGUGAAACUGACGAUAGCCGAUUUAAUUCGCGCGAAAAGCAUAUGCUCACAGACUCAGUUCAGCCAUAUAAUAAUAAACCGAUUAUUGACCUCGCUUGUUCGGUCUGUACUGUGAAAUAUCAGACCUCUGUUUUUUUGCAUGGACUUCGUUCCUUCGUUGCUCGGUCCAUACUAAAAAACCUUGGUCUGAUAUUUCACAGUACAGACCUCACGCUCGGUCAAUAAGCCGUUAUUAUAUAGUCCCAAGCAAAAAACUGCGAAAUUUCACGCUCAAAGGCAAAUUGGAAAAAGUCACGUGAUCGAUAUCUUCACUAGUGAAGAUAUGGAAAAUAUCUCACUGCGUAUUUUUCAGUAUCUUACUCUCUACUAUAUAAUAAAUAAUAUUUACACAAUUUUAAGACCUGACACCAGGUCCUCUGGCAGGAAACCACCAACCAGUGGCUCUGCGAUUCCGGUGCAGCGCUCUAACUGAACUGAGCUGCAGAGUCCAGUCAGACUUUUAGCCAGAAGGGCGUCCUGGGGCGCCCCUAGAACAAAAAAAUGGACGCCUUUGGACGCCCAAAUUCUGGGGGGAAAGGGAAAUUAUUUUCAAUGAUUUCUCUAAGAAAAUUAAUAAUUAAUAUAUCUGAAACGAAAUAGCUUCAAUUCUCAUUAUUAUUAUACAUUUGACAUUUUGAUCAAUUUCAUGGUGUACCUAUAGCUGAAUGGAAAUGUCGUAGUUAAGUAAUGUGAAUAUUGUAAUGUCAUAUUAACAUAAUACGUUUGUAAAAAAUGGGUAAAAAAGGUCACGCGAGGGCAAAGUACAAAGUCCGAAACAUUUGCAAAAAAGAACAAUUGUAAAAAAUGUUCUCAAGCUUGGUUAGUAAAACUACUCUACAGCAAUUUUUAUAUAGAAUACUAACACAGUUGGAUAGUAUUUCAAGAAAAAUACGAGGUAUUUCGUCAUUUAAUCAAAGACAAAGACAACAAAUAUGAAAACAAUAAAAUUAAUAAACAGUAUGGACAAGUACGGUUUUAGUUCGCUUCAUCUCAUAAAUAGAUCUCUUUUUAUCGAAAGGCCCCAGAAAUUUUCAGGGAAAAAAUAUAAAUCUGUGGCUGCUUUAGUUGUAUUUUUUAUUUAGGAUGGUGUCAAAUUCCUCGGCUAUCUGCAAAUAAGAUUUGCAGCUCUUCACAAAGUCAAAACACAGCUAUUCCUGACUUCUUUAAUAGUUAUAAACAUUGUAAAAUUUACCUUGUAAUUUCGACUUUCGCUAACAAAAACAUAUUGAGAAAGUUCUUUAACCAAAGAAGGUGCUCCUUUUCUUUAGUUUAGGUUUAUUUUUCUUCGUUUUGAAUAGUUUUGAAAGACUUUUAGACACUUUUUGCUGUUUGAAACUCGGCUCUUGUCGCGGGGCAAAAAAAUUGCGUAUUGCCCGUGGGCAAUACGGGAAAACCCUGCCUCGUCAGCAGCCAAUCAAAUUGCGCGAUUCAUCAAAACAAAUGCUUGCCGUAUAAUAAAAUGUUAUAUUCACAUUAUAGCGGCACAAAAUCACAAAGCCAAGUGUGUUUGAAAAAUUUCGAACGAGCUUGGAACAGAUAUUGACAUGCAGUAACGUAAACUUCAAAGAUUUUCUAGAGGAACGUUUUCUCGAACCCGCCCCCCCCCCUCGCCCCCCCUCUUUACUGUAGAUGUAUCGUUGUACCAAAAUUGGACGCCCUCUUUUAGGAUCCUGACUAAAAGCCUGGGUCCAGUUGUCAUGUGUAUAUAUAUUUUUGGGUGUGCAGGUUCAAGUUCACCAUAUGUUCUAAAUAUCUUACAGUGUCGAUGCCACUGCAGAAGAUGGAACACUUGGCCGGUUAUUGAACCACAGUAGAUCUGGGAAUUGUAAAACUAAAGUUCAUAUGAUCAAGGAUCAGCCACAUCUUAUCUUUGUAACAACACGUGACAUCAAGAUUGGCGAGGAGCUUGCUUAUGAUUAUGGUGAUCGGAGUAAAGAUGCUGUACAAUCGCAUCCUUGGCUUAAGUAUUAAUCUUGGUCUAUUCAGUCAUGUAAGUACUAACAUAGUCAAUAGAAUAAAAAGGUUAGGGAACACGAUGCUGACAUAAUAGACCUCAUAAUUAAGAAAAAAAAUAUGUGGGUUUCCGGUUUCCCGACCCUACCUAGCUUUUGGACGCCGAAAUCCCGACCCUAAACUUUUUUAUUGGAUCAUGCUUGUAAGUGUUUCCACUUAGAGGAAAACGUUUGUGAAAAAUGGAAAUUUGAGGCAAUAUUAGGGAAAUUUAUAUUUGAAUGUGGAAGCACUGACUAAACAAAAUGGCGUCCGGUUGUUUUAAAAAAAAAAAGAAGUUGAAACCGACCUACCCUACCUAAGUUUUUACAAGAAAAAAUAGGAAACCCACAUAUUUUUUUUUGGCCGUAUCUAUGUUUUUAUCUUGGCUUGUGCACGAAAUGGUCGGUUCAUUGGACCACGUGUGUUAUGUGUAUUGUAUAUUUGCCAGAGCAAGUCUGAGCAACCAAUAGCAUUGUUUUCUAUGUUAUUUUACGGUUAUUUAAUGUGUAAUGUCACAACUGGGUAAUUAAUAAACACAUUGUUGGGUGAAAAAACAAUACACACGUGACAAUGUCCCGACCAUUUUUUGCACAAACUAAGACAAAAACGGAUAAUGAGGACUAUUAUGUCUGCAUCGAGUUCCCUGACCUUCUUAUUAACUAUGUUUAGAAUGAGACAAGCUGUUUAGGUUCAGACCACCCUGGGAUUAGGAAUCAACGGACAAACACAGACAUCAUGGUUGCAAGAAUACUGCUUAUCUCAAGGAUGGAACUAUAGUCAACAUUAGGCAGUUGCGAUAUUGAAAAAAGUCGAUAUAUCGAUAUCGAAAAAAAAUAUAUCGAUAAUAUCGAGUAUAUCGAAUUAAGCAAAUGAGAAAACGUAACUUAGUCAACUUGCAUGUAUACGCAUCACAAACAGUUAAAAAGUGCACGAAACCAGUCAUGGUUCGUCUCAAAGAUUUAUUAACAACAGUUUAUCCGUUUAUGAAAGUUUAAAGAUAUAUUUACAAGCCAAACUGCGCGCACGUUGUCUAAACUUCACCGGUGAAAACAACAAUUGCCGAAUAAUCGGAGAUUGAGUUGUUUAGUUAGGCCAAAAAAAAAUAUGUGGGUUUCCGGUUUCUUCUUAUAAAAACUUAGGUAGGGUAGGUCGGUUUUAACUUCUUUUUUUUUAAACUUUUUUUUAUUUUUCCGAAUAAGCGGACGCCAUUUUGUUUAGUCAGUGCUUCCACAUCCAAAGGUAAAUUUCCUUAAUAUUGCCUCAAAUUUCAAUUUUCCACAAACUUUUUCCUCUAAGUGGAAACACUUACAAGCAUAAUCCAAUAAAAAAGUUUAGGGUCGGGAUUUCGACGUCCAAAAGCUAGGUAGGGUCGGGAAACCGGAAACACACACAUUUUUUUUUUGGCCUUACAACUUUCGAUAUUUUCGAUGUGCGAAAAAUCAAAUAUCGAAUAUCGAUAUUUUUGAAAUAUCGAUACAACUGCCUAGUCAACAUUGACCUUGUACCCAGUCUCUUAACUAUACAAUCUUACCAUAAUGUAGGAGCCAUAUGGAAGGAGUGUAGAUGAAAGAGCCUGAGAUUUCAUGUUAUGUUAUUUCAGUUUGCAUGUACUUUAUUAAAAGUUGUACAGACAAGUUGUCGAGGAAAAUGCAUCACUCUAUAUUAAUCUAUAUAAGAUAUAAUGACCGUGUCCCUUGCUGUCCUUUCAUGUCCUUGUGUGUCUUGUACAUUUAUCUACGUGGAGAAUUUUCUGAGUAAUAAUCAAUAAUGAAUUAGUGUACAGUAUGGAAACGACCAAUUAAGGCAAUUGCGUCAUGACAGAAAUCAUACGCCUCAAAAAUCUG